UCGUGUUAGUUCGGAGAAGCAUCAGACGGAGAACCGAGAAGGUUCAGAGCAGCAGGUGUUGAUUGUAUUCUUGGAAUACUCGAGUGGAUUUUUGUUUUUCUAAAGCCCUAUAUCCGAACAUCUGUCUGCUUUUCGGACAAAGAGAGAGGGAUAUAUCCAGCUGCUGUAAAUAAUUCGAUUUUCAAGAGGAACAAGAGAGACUGUACGUAAUAAGUCUUUAAGAUGUCGAAGAUGGGAAAUUACGAUGUUGCGCACGACGACGGACCUGGUUUUGUCGGAAUAAAGUUUUGUCAAGAAUGCAACAACAUGUUGUAUCCCAAGGAAGACAAGGAGAACAAAGUCUUGAUGUACGCGUGCAGAAAUUGCGAUUUCAAGACACUUGCCGACAGCAGCUGCAUUUAUGUCAACAAAAUUAUGCACGAAAUUGACGAACUGACUCACAUUGUGGCAGACGUCAUAUCGGAUCCAACUUUACCAAGAACUGAAGAACAUCCAUGUCCAAAGUGCAAUCAUCGUGAGUCUGUAUUCUUUCAAGCCCAAACUCGACGCGCUGAAGAAGAGAUGAGACUUUAUUAUGUAUGCACAAAUGCACACUGCACGCAUAGAUGGACAGAAUAAAAUUAUAGUAUUAUGUUAUUAUAGGGAUUAAGACAGAUUUAACUAUUAAUGUAAUUUUAUAAAAAACUCUCUACUUUAUAACAAAAAACUAUCAUAAUAAAAGACUAUUUUUAAUCAAAAA